AUGGUGACCAUUUUUAUUUCUUUCGUUUUGUCGCAUACCCUCUUCGGACAGUACUUGCCAUUUUUCUUGCACAUGGCUUGCACAAUUUUCCCUCUUCUCCGAUCAAUUAAGGCCAUCGGAGAGAAAGAAUCCACUAAUGAACUCUCCAGCUCGCUUUUUUUCUGGGUUCUUUACGUGUUCUCCUCAUACUUCGACUCCCUCAUCGGACAACCACUUCCAAUUUACUAUGACUUGAAGGCCGGCUUCUUUCUUUACAUCUUCAACAACGAUUUGAAAGUGCUUAGCAAGAUGCGCGCCAACUUCGAGCCAUUGUUCGCCAAAAUUAGUCGAAGUCGAGCCCAGAUGAUUGGAAAACAAACCUGCCCAAUGUCUACCGCUGCGCAAUCCACAGAUGAGGCAUGUGAUAAGGAGGAAUAA